ACUAACAGGAGGAGGGACUACAAGUCACCAGCUCCUCUGCCACUCGUAACCCGACAGGAUUUCUUGCCCUGAGGAGACUGACUUCCACAGUUAGGAUGCACCUCUGCCAUAUUGUCAGCUGGGGAAUAGUGCUGGCUGUGCUGUGCUGCAGGACGGAGGCGAAGCCCAUAGUCCAGGCACAUCAGAAGUCACUGCGCGCAUUAUUAGGGGAAGAACUCGCAGAAUAUUUGGCCUCUGGAGAAAGGGGAGAAAGAGUCAUUGACCCCAAGACUCGUGCUCGACUUCUCAGAGACCUACGCAUAGAUACGCGGUCAAGGGCAGCGUGGAGCAGGUUCGCCAACGAAUACCCCAACAACCGCAAAUCUAAAGGCAUGUCUAAAAAGGGGCUACCCAAAGGCUGUUUUGGCCUCAAACUGGACCGCAUCGGAACCAUGAGUGGCUUGGGGUGCUAGAAGCUGGAGCACCAUCUUGUGGUGGCUCCUAACAUCGACAACGGUUUUCUGAUCACUGGUCAUUAUCCUGUCUUAGUGUAGACGCCCAGCUGAGAGUCUUACGUUUCCAGAAGAUUUUACAGUGAGGGGACAGGCCCGGUACGAUGGGACAUAGGACCUGCUGUUGCCACAUGUCUGCCAUCAUUUUGUCGCCAGCGCACAAGAGCCAUUAAUGUGCGCUCCGUAUACGCAUCUGUCAUGAGGGCCGCCUAGAAGUUUACAUAUCAGUGUUCAGACACGUGCUUCACCUUUCAGGUGGCCAAGCAGACUGUCCCGUGGGCUCUCCACAUGUAGAGUGACUAGGCUCUCUGAGUGCAAAACCAUUCCUAAUUCAUGGACUGACAACCUUUGAGCUGCAAGCAAAUCGUCCCCAGGUUACAAUUAAACCAUCAGACGCC